AUUAAUACGACACUGGUCGGACACAUUUUCAUAGUACGCGCGCUAAUAGUCAUUUCAUACCAUUAAAAUUCAUUCCACACGCAGCGUGAAGAAGUACCAGUUUAUUACACAGUAAUAUUAACGUAAUUGUAUCAUCAAUUGUAGUUUUAAUGAAUCAUGUCUAACCAAGGACGUGGUAAAAGUCGUGGACGUGGACGUGGCCAAGAUGAUAAAAGGCAAUAUUCUCGAGGACCUGGGUAUUCUCAGGGAUCUGGAUAUUCUCAGGGACCUGGUCCUUCUCAGUCAUCUCAGCCACCUCAGUCAUUUCAGCCAUCAACAAGCGAAUGGAGUCGAAAACCUGGACCUCCACAAACCUCUCAAACACCAUAUACGAGACCACAGUUGACUCAGAGUACCGGACGUGCUGUAGGACGUUUAGGUCCACGAGGUGAUAGUGGUCCUGGAUAUGCAGGAAAAAGUGAAAAAAUGGAUGUUGAUGAUCCAAGUAGUGGUACAAGCGGACAGGGAGAUGCUGGAGCAUUGGGAAGAGGAGCCAUGCGUGGACGACGACCACUUCCAGCAGAAAUACACACAAAACCAUCAACUUUAGUGUCCAAAAAAGGAACUACUGGAGCUAAAGUAAUGCUUCAGGCAAAUUAUUUCAAAUUACUUGCUACAACUGAUUGGUGUCUGUAUCAGUACAGAGUUGAUUUUUCUCCAGAAGAAGAUCGUACAAUUGUACGAAAAGGCUUACUUAGAUUGCAUAAAGAAACUUUAGGAGCGUAUAUUUUUGACGGAACAGUACUUUAUACAAGCCAUCGUAUACAAGAUGAACUAGAGCUCUGGUCUAAUAGACAAUCAGAUGACACAAAAAUCAGGAUCACUGUGCGUCUCGUUGGUGAUAUGACUAGAGGUGACCAACAUUAUAUUCAAUUCUUUAAUAUAAUAAUGAGAAAAUGUCUGGGCCUCUUGAAGCUUCAACUUGUUGGACGCGAUUUCUUUGAUGCGCGUAGCAAAGUGGAAGUUCGUGAUUUUCGGCUAGAGCUAUGGCCGGGAUAUUUGACUUCUAUAAGACAACAUGAAUCUGAUAUUCUUAUGUGUGCUGAAAUAACACAUAAAGUAAUGCGCCAGCAAACUUUAUUAGACAUAUUGAAUGAUUGUUACCAACUAAGUCGUCAUGAUUAUAAGAAAUCAUAUCAAGAUCAAGUUAUGGGCGUGGUUGUCCUCACGGAUUACAAUAACAACACAUAUCGUAUAACUGACAUAGAUUUUGAUGCAACUCCUAAUUCAACGUUUCAAUUAAAAAACGGAGAAAAUAUAUCAUAUAAAGAUUAUUACAGAAAUAAAUAUCAAAUUAAAAUUCGUAAUGAUUCACAACCAAUGCUGGUUUCAAGAUUAAAACCAAGAGAGCGUCGUGCAGGUCAAACAGAGUUGGUAUAUCUAGUUCCUGAAUUGUGUCGUGCAACAGGUUUAACUGACAAUAUGAGAGAGAAUUUCAAUUUGAUGCGUGCGUUAGCAGAACAUACUCGUGUAUCUCCUAAAUCACGUAUAGACAAAUUGAUGACAUUCAAUAGAAGACUCCGUUCAGAACCGGCAAUAGUACAAGAACUUAAUGAUUGGAAUCUAAAGCUUGAUGAAAGAUUGGUUGAAAUACCAUCGCGUAUACUACCACAGGAAAAGAUAGUAUUUGGUGGUGGUAGGCAGGCACCUGCUGGACAAUUCGCAGAUUGGACCAGAGAAGUCCAUAAUAAACAUUUGUUCAACGUGGUCAAGUUAAGCAAUUGGGUCGUAAUUUGUGUGAAUCGCGUAAGGCGUGAUGUUGAGAAAUUUGUGGGUAUCUUGCAAGAAGUGGCUAACGCAAUGGGAUGUCGAAUCGAGAGUCCCAGAUUCUGGGACAUUAACGAUGAUAGAUCAAAUACUUACACCGACACAUUAGAACGAAUAAUGAGUAGUUCUAAUCCAGAACUAGUAUAUUGCGUUGUUUCUAAUAAUAGAACCGACCGUUAUGGCGCUAUUAAGAAAAAAUGCACAGUCGACAGACCAGUACCAUCGCAAGUUUUUCUUGCAAAGAAUCUAACGAAAAAUACAAGAUCAAUCGCCACAAAGGUGGCAAUUCAAUUGGCGUGUAAAUUAGGCGGUGCUCCAUGGAGCGUUGAAUUACCACCAAUUAAUUUAAUGGUUGUUGGUUUUGAUGUGUGUCACGAUCCAACUGAUAAAAGUCGUGAUUAUGGUGCAAUGGUUGCAUCAUUAGAUAAAAAUUUAACAAGAUAUUUUAGUGCUGUAACCGCUCAUACGUCAGGAGAAGAACUGUCUAAUGAGUUCUCCGUAAACUUGGCUAAGGCUUUACACUGUUACAGACAAUUACAUCAAAAUUUACCAUCACAUAUUGUAAUUUACCGUGAUGGUGUAGGAGAUGGACAAAUACCUUAUGUUUACGAACAUGAGGUUGAACAAAUUAAAUCGAAACUAGCCGGUAUUUAUGGUGAUAUUUCUGUCGUAAAGAUGGCAUUCGUAAUAGUUACGAAACGCAUUAAUACUCGGGUAUUUUACAAUCAAAAUAAUCCUCCGCCAGGUACAAUAAUAGAUGAUCGAAUUACUAAUCCUAUGAAAUACGAUUUUUACAUCAUAUCUCAAAGCGUAAGACAAGGCACAGUAUCUCCAUGCGCGUAUAAUGUAAUCGCGGAUACGACUGGAUGGAGAGCAGAUCAGCUGCAAAGAAUAACGUACAAAUUAACUCAUAUGUAUUACAAUUGGUGUGGUACCGUACGAGUACCCGCACCUUGUCAAUAUGCUCAUAAAUUAGCGUUUUUGGUAUCCCAAUUUAUACGUCGUCCGCCAAGUACUCAAAUGCAAAAUCUUUUAUAUUAUUUGUAACUUUUUCGCGACAUUCUAUUUGGUUAUUAGUUGGACGUGGAUGACUGAAAGAGAUACUUAUUAAGUGAUAGUUUUAAGAAAUGUAUAUGUUAUUAAAAAUACAUAGAAUAUAGUUAUAAAAGUUCCUAUUUGCUGAAACAUGCAUUAAUGUGAUGACUCGAAGGUACUAAU